UUUCAAUAAUUUCAUUUUCCUUAUAUUUCAGACACAAUGUGGAAGUCAUUAUUUUUCGUGCUGGCAAGCUCAUGGCUAGUGAGCUGUGUGCCUCCCCCCCACCCUUCUGUGAUCCAAGCCAGGCGGGAAGAGGAGUUUUUACCACAGCACCUUCGGAGCAGAGCCCUCUACAACCCUCACCUCAGAGAAGUCCUGCCGCUGACGAGUUUGCUCCACAGUGGAGAACAGUUGGUGUACGAAAGAGAAUCAGACAAAGUGCCUCGCAGCAAGAUAUACAACCUUCUGACUCACUCCGGGCUGGUACCGAGACAGUUCCACCAGCAUCGCCAGUUCCAUCAAUUCCGGCCAGUGCCGCAGUUCCACGCGCCACAGUUCCACAGCCCUCCGGUGUUCCACGACCCGCCCUUCUUCCCCAACCCAGAUGUACUACAACGCUUGUAGAUAUCCGCUAUGAAAUCAAUAGGUUAUUUAUUAUGACUCAAAGUAAACCAUAUUUAGCAAUUAUUGCUCUAUAGUAGCCCAUUAAC